AUGGCGGACGUGAGCGAUUCUCUCCAGAACUUAAUGCUCCAGCACGCCAGGUUUGAUACAUUCCUCAAACACUACCUGAAUCGAAAUAUCACCGCUGAUAUCCUUAGCAUCUACCGUGGCCUCGAGCCGCAGAAAGGCAUUGGUGAGGAUGAUCUUCCCCAGAGAGUUAAACAUCUGAAAAAGCGCUGUGACUUCGCUGCACGUUGGCUCCGGGGCCGGAUGGGACAAAGUACCGGCGAAAGGCUAGGAGGGACGAGCAAUGGAGAAAGAAAUAUCACAGCCGGCUUGAAAAGCACGAGAGGCAGGAUAAAAGACAUAACAAGGCCAGUCGCCGGCCCCCGCAGCGAGAAGCAACGUGCGAGAAUCCAACUCAAGCGUGAUAUUCUGGAGCGAUACCGACCGGAAGAGCCGGUAGUAGACAGUCAGCGGCAGGUCUCCGGAAAGGUGGUCGACAAGGACAUGGAAAAUGAACUGGUGCGGUCAGAGUACAAGACGCCCGAACAGAUGAUCGUGAUUGACGCGGUCCUAACGCUGCCACCAAGGGUCCCAGAGGGGGAAUUGCAAAGGCAGAUCACCGCCAUCCACGGCGUCAGUGUAUAUUAUGGUGCUGGAGAGCAUCCCCUCUGCCGUCGGCGUGGCCGUGGCUCCAGCCGCAAGCCCAUCACUGUGAAACCGACGGCUGUCAAGGCGGAAGUGAUGGGCCAACCAUAA